AUGCAACAUUCUCACCUCCGCAUCGCCGCCGCUCGGCUCGAGCUCUCCGACGUUGCGUCCUUCGCCGCGUCGGCGUACCUCACGCGCUAUGCGACCUCUCCGCCGCCGCCGAUGCCUGCGGCAGCCACGGCGGGCUCACGAGACGGCGGCGCAGAGGCGGCGGCGGGCGCUGACGCCGAGGAGGAGGCUGCAGCGCGGGUGGGAGCGUGCCUAUUCGCCGCUUGCAAGGCGUGCGAGCAGCCACGCCGCGCACGCGACGUGGUCAACGCCGUCCACCUCGCUGCACGCGGCGAGGUGCUCCGCGACUCGCGCACCUACUGGCGACGAAAGGACGCGCUGCUUCAGCACGAGCAGUCGUUGCUCCGCGCGCUCGGCUUUGAGCCCGCCGUCCACCCUCCACACCGGCUCCUGUACAACUACCUCCACGCACUGCGAGCUCCACCGCAGCUCUGCACGCUCGCCGCUGCAAUCGCCAACGACGCCGCCGCCUCCGCCGACUGCGUGCGGCGGCGGCCUUCCCUGAUCGCCGCCGCCGCCAUCGCGCUUGCCGCUGCGCUGCUCGGCCCUGCCCUACCGGCGGGCUGCCUGCCGCCCCGCUGGUGGGUCGCGCUGGGCGAGGAGGAGGCGAGCCUCCACGCCGCGUGCACCGACCUGAUGGCGGUCUACGAGGGCUGA